UGUCACUGUCAGAGAUCAGCGAAGUAUUUUUUUUUGUAUUGCUCGUACUGCUCUCUUGGUUCUGGGGUUUAUUUUCAAUUACGAAAUUUACUAAAAAAUCUAGGUUCCACUAGAAAUAUACUGAUUUAAAUCGAAUAUUCAUCAUGGCAGACAAUCCUAGUGGUGAUUCACUAUCGGACGCUGAUAGGUUGAGAGAGGAUGAGCUAGCUCGAGAGCUGGAGCACAGUGACACCGAUGAAGAAAAUUCUCAAGAAAUAUCUCUAGAAAUUGAGGAGAAGCUGCUCAAAGAUGAACCUGAAUAUACAACAUUGGUGAAUUAUGAAGAGAACAUACAAAGCACAAAUAAACCAGACAAUGAAAUAGUUGAAACAUAUUCUGACAACUCACAAAAUGUGGAAACCAUCCACAAAGCUGAUGAACUGGGCAACAUCUACCUGGACAACUCGGAAACCUUUAUAAACUCACAAAUUGAUGACAGUAUAACAGACCCCGCUGGGAACUAUGAUUCAUACAUGUCAGAAUAUAAGUUUGACAAUGAAAAUCAAACACUUGAUAAUACCUCAUUGGAAACAAAUGAAGCUAGGAAUGAGACAAGUGAACAAGACGAGUUAAAAGAUAGCAUAGUGAUGCCAGAUAUGAAUGAGUUCCAGCAGAGUGAAGGAAAUUAUGACUCACAAACUGCUGAGGACAUGCUCAUGAGUGAGCGAGAAAGGGAGAAGAAAAGUAAGAAGGAGUUAGAAGAGGAAGAAAGAGAAAAAAUGCAGGUACUAGUCUCAAACUUCACUGAAGAGCAACUGGACCGGUAUGAGAUGUACAGAAGAGCCGCCUUCCCCAAAGCUGCAGUCAAGCGCUUAAUGCAGACCAUCACGGGCUGCUCAGUCGGCCAGAAUGUUGUCAUUGCUAUGUCUGGUAUAGCUAAAGUAUUUGUGGGAGAGGUUGUUGAAGAAGCCCUGGAAGUAUUGGAGAAGUCCGGAGAAGCCGGCCCGCUGCAGCCCAAGCACUUGCGGGAGGCGCUGCGCCGACUACGCAUGCGCGGAGCCAUUCCCUCGCGGAAGAUACACCGAAGUAUGUUCAAGUCGUAAUAUUAUUGUGUACCUUUUCCCUAAGACAUACAGACGGACUACAAUCCUACUUCAACUUGUGUGGGAACUGUAUGCCAAAUUAAAUAAUAAUCGGUAUGCAGUUACCAUCCAAGGUGCCGCUGGCAGGACGUCCGUAUAGGACCUUAUAAACAAUAAGUAUUUAUGUAGAAAAAGUUGCAAACUAUCCAAAUGGAAAAUAGAGAGUACAAGAGCUGUCACGUAUCAAAAGAGCUCUAGUAAAAAACAGUAACCGGCCCGGCCAUAAAUAAUGCACAUCGGUUUUUCGUCUUCGUAAAGCGUUGUCUCUUUCUUGCUUAUGUGAUUGUGACGUUAAUUGUCUCUUUCCAAAGACCAAUAUGCAUUCUUUAUGGCCGUUUACUGGAUGAUUAUGUACACUAGGGAUAUAAUAUUUUUAAGUACAGUUAAUUAUGUUUUUGUGAGUUAAACAAAAGGACACCACUAGUCACAACAUGAGAGAGGUAGCUUGGUAGGUAUAGUGGGGACCGUCGACCAGAGCUGCUUAUACUCUUCUGAUAAGAAAACUUAAUCAUAUUAUUUAGAUUGUGCUCGUUAUAAUGGUCUCUCGAGAUUCAAUUCUGAAAAUUAAAUUGGGUACCUAAACAAGGUUUAACACCAGCCACUGAAAACCUCAGAUAUUCAUACAUUUCGGUUGUGUGAUCUUGACAUGGAUACUGGUAUUACUAAUUUACCUUUGACAUAUGCCUAUGGGUGCCUGAGAUUUUCAGUUGCUGCUGUAACACCCUGUAGUUUGUAUAUCGUUAGACUAACUGUUUUUUUCAUAAAGACGUAAAAUGACGCAAUAACGUUUUUGUACAUACUAAUAAGCUUAAAUAAAUAAGUAAUAAUGCUUAAUUUGUUAAAUUUUAUAAUAAAAAAUGAUAUCUU